AUGUCUCAAAGUCUCUAGCCCUCAAGAAAUAAUAACAACUUGAGGACUCUAACAGUCAAUCAACCAACUAUUGGCUAAUUUGAUUCCAAUUAAUUUAAUGAUCAGGCUUCAUAGUUGCUAAGAAAAUUUAACAGUUCUUCACCUUAGUAGCAAGAAAAACCUAACGUUGUGAAAAAUGAAUUUGACUUCAACCACUACUAAUUCUAUGAUUAGAGAAGAGUAUAUGAUCACAAGGUCUACCUUGAGGAAUUCGUAAAUGAGUCUAAAGUACAAAAAGAGAAAAUUAGAAAGUAGCUGAUGGAGUUAGUGUAUAUACAGGUCCUAACAAAGAUGAAUGAUGAAUUUCCAAAAGUUCCUCCGAUAUAUUAAGAAAACAAAACUCGAUGGUGCAAACUAUUCCUCAAGGCUAAACCCUUGCAGGAUUUGAUGGCCGAUUUUACAAUAAAAAUACAGGGUGUCUUAGAAAAAGAGAUCGCCAAUAAUAAAGAGCAGUUGACUCAUUACAUUAUGCAUCCUCGCAUUUCACAGUAAAGCAAGGCUGCUGCAUAUAAAAUAAAGUAGAAUGCUUUAAAAGACGAUAAUAACAUAUUCGAUUUUAAUCGAGGAGGCAAUAUUGAUAGCAAUGCUGCUCUAGGGAAAAAUGGGUUGAAUCAACUAUAAGUCAUUGAUGAGCAGUAUGCAGGUGGCAAGAGAAAGUUAGGAGCAAAAGGUAAAAAUGAUAAUGCAAACUAACUCGCUUUGCAAGCUUAAUAAAAACUUGAAAAGGAUCUCCUAGAAGUUAACAUGAAAAACGAGGAGUAUAUGAAAAUUUUGGAGAGAGUCAAAAAUAUUGAUAACUUGGUAGAAUUUAUGGAGGAUAAUACUAAUGAGAUGGCCUAGGAUGUGGAGAAAUUUGAAUAAGAUUUCAAAUAACUUGAAGAAUAAAAAGAAACUAAUCAUCCAUUAGCUAAGCUAUAAGAUUUAUUGGAUAGAUGGUCAAAAGAAGAUUUAAAAACCGAAGAUGAAAUAUAAAAAUUUGCUGGUGAACUUUGGGUGACAGUUUCCGAAUUCGAAAAAGACUUGAAGGAAAGUCUCAAGGGUCAUGAAAUUAUAUUAGCUAUGAAAGAUCACAAGUACACAACUCACAUUGAUUGGAUUAAAAACAAAUUUGGCUUCUAUAUUGAUUAUUAUGAGACUACUAUGAAUGAGUUGAAGCUCAGAAACAAUAGAGAAAUGGAUCGUUAAAUGAUGUAGCUAGCUGACAUUGAGUCUAGAUUAUUCAAUUGCUAAAAAGAGGAUUCAGAAUUAGCUAAGAUAAUUUAUUCGGAGGUCAAGGUUAAGAAUAAGGAUGAAGCUAUUAAAUUGAUUCAUGAACUUAAGCGUAUAAUGGCUAUUAUGCAUCUCUAGCUGAAAUAAAAUGAGUAAGAGAAAAAUAUGAUGAAAGAUUAAAUCAAUGCAUUAGAAGAUCAAAAGCUUGACCUUCAAGAUCAAAUUGAGACUUUUUAGUAGCAGUUAAAGUACUAUUAAUCAAUAACCAUAAAACUUGUAAAAGACCUUGAUGUAUUCAAGGAUAUGCCAAAUACUUUGAAGUUUAUUGAAGAGUAUAGAAACGACAAUACAAAGCAAGAGGAUAUUAUUAAAAUGUUAUAGGAGAAGGGCUUUGAUUCUUAUAUAAUGGAUGUUAUGAAUAACUACCAUUUGUAUGACUUAUGCAUAAAGGAAUUAUACACUGAGCUUUAUAAAAUGGGAGUUAUCCCUCCAUAGAAAAUAUCAUUAAGGAAGAAAUAAAUUGAGGAACAAAAAACUCACUUUGAGCUGUAUGAUGAUGACAGAAAUAAGGUGUACGAUAUUUUUGAAAAAGUUUCUAAGACUACUAACUAAAUACUUCUUCUAUCGUCAGUAAUAAUGAACCACGGUAAUUAAAAUUAAGAAAAGGCUCAAGCAGAAGAAAAUUCCUUAGCUAAAAUUUAAUAAUCUAAAGAGAAAAUAUCCCCAGACAAGGACAAACGCAAUCUUGUUGUUAAUAAGCCCCUAUAACCUGUGGGAACAACUUCAUAAUCUAGUAUCAAAGCAGAUUCGAGCAUUAAGCAGUAAAAGCAGCAGAUUUCUAAAUAAGAUUCAUCAGUUGGAUUGCUGAAAAAAUAAACAACAAUUAAAACAACUACUAAUAAGAAGGUCUCAAUGAGAAUUGAAGAAGAGGCUUUUGUGAGAAAAGCUACAAAGAGGUAGACUAACAUCUACAGAGAUAUUACUGAGGAGGACAAUGAAGAUGAUGAGUAUCUUGCAAUUAAAUAUCCAUUGAAGAAUGAUGAUUCGAAAGAACUUAAGCGAAGUCUAAGGCUCAACUCAAUCUAAAUAUAGGAGCUUUAAUUCUUAAUCAAAAGAUGCUUAGGGAAAGAUCUUUCAUCUGAAGAAUCAGUCAAACUAUUCGAUUCUAACGUUGAGUCCUUUAUCAACUCAUUGAAUAAGAUUAUCAUAACUAGUAAUCAUGAGUAGCUAGAAAAGCUACACAAAGAGUAGCAAGAAAAUCUAGACAGUAAAUCAGAUUUAAAUAAUAGAGAAGAAGAAAUUAAGCUAAAGAGUAAUGUUAUUAAAACAAAAGUUCCCCUAGGCGAUUGCAUAUCUUUGGAAUAUAACAUGGAUGGUGAAUUAUUUGCUUUCACAUUAAGACCAAAGAUAGCUACUUAUGUAUUUUAAAGAGAUGAAAAUGACAUUUCAUCUUUGAAGGAAAUUCUAAAAGUCAUAAUGUACAUGAACAGGCUAAUGUCUGAAGGUGAGAAUUUAAUUCUUGGGAAGAAAAAAACCGUGGUAAUCCCAGAUAAGGACAAUCACAUAUUGCAAAUGCUUCAUACUCCGCCAGAGUAAGAGCAAACUGAUAGUCUGGAUCAAAUGGAAGAAGAGGAUAGAGAUCUUGAAUUUAAAGUUGACAAAUUUGAUCAGGAGCAGCAAGUCAAUUUUACUCAGGAUGAUAUCCUAGAUCUGAUUAGAUCUCAUUUAGUGGAUUAAAUAUGUAGAAUAGCUCCAUAUUAAAGAGAGAAAACAAGCCUUUUGAUGUCUUAAGUAUAAGGUGAAAAAUUAAAGAACUACAAACUCAGAGGUGUGAUGAAGCCUAAUGGAAGUGACUAUACAGUAUUUGAAUACUUAAAAGAUACAUUUGAUGUCAUCAUGAAGAAAGUCAGAGAUAUUCCACCUUUCAAGCGAAGAGUAAUUGAUUUUAAGGAUAUUAUAAUGGGUAAAUUUGAUUCAGAAAGCAUAGAUAGGGAUAAGUGUGCUAAAGCUAGUCUUUUUUCAACAACUAAAAAAAAUUCAAUUGCAAAAUCAGAUAAAUAAAAUGAGAACCAUGGUUACAUAAAAGCACUUUUAAGAGAAGAAAUGACUACUACAUUGAAGGUAUUAGAUAAGUUCUUAGAUGAUCAGUCUAAAGGACUAAAGACUAUUUCAAUUAACGAUGAAGUCGAUCUAUUUCCACAUAAUGAUAUAUAUCCAAAUUCUUCUGAAAAUAAGUAAUUCCCUAUCUAGAAGAUCAGCAUUUCCCAGAAGUAUUCUAAUCUAUCUUUCCACAAUAGACUUCAAUAAAACGACUACUCUUCAUUCAAGUUUUAACUUUGGGAAUAAAUCCUCAAGAUUAUCAACUGCUGGAGGAGGCUUAAUGGAAAAGAGAAGGAGAUAGUAGUUACUAAUGAGCAUUAAUAAUAAUGUAAACACUGGUGGUAGUCUUCUAGACUAAACAAAAUUUCUUCUAAAUUAGACCAAUUUAACAUUUCAAACAAAAAUUAGAGCAUUAAUAAAUACCCUGAAAUUGAUUUUAAACCUCGUAUUAUGAUAGACAAUCAAAGAAUAGAUAGCAAUGAAAAAGUUAGCACUCUAAAUAAUGGAUUGAGCAACCUUAGCUAAUAACUUGAGUGUCUAAAUAAAAAUGAGCAGAAUGCAUUUAUGAAUAGUAAAUAUGAUGAGACGCCUUUAGAAAUUAAUUUAUUUGAAAAUUCUGGAUUUAGCACUACAGCACAUAAAAAGGAUAUCAGUUAGAGCAAUGAUGGUUAUCAAUAUGUGCCAUACAAUUUAUUGAAACAAGCAUUUAAAUAGCCUGAGAGUCAGAGACCCAGUCAUACAAAAAAUAGAAGCAUUACUUAAGCUAUCAAAAAAGAGAGAGGAGGGUCGAUUGAUGAGGUUUCUAAAUCUUUUGAACGCAGAGGUCCUUAGAUAGAGAGACUAGAGAUAACUGAAAAUUCUAAUUAAAAUAUCAAUUAGCAAGAGAGCUUUAAGAAUUAUGUUGAAAAUUAAUUAACCCAGCAGCAGAUUAAAGACUUCGAGACAAGUGAAGAUCUAUUUUCCACAAAUUGA